AUGGCUGCCAUCAAGAUACGAUCUGCCACGACGGCAGACCUGGACGCCAUUUCUCGAAUUCACUACGACGCCUUGGGUGCGUAUCACGAUUUCUAUGCCGCGUUCUUCAAGAAGCAUCCGCGCGAGAUUGUGCCCGAAUCAACACGUCGCGCCUUUGCGGAACCAAGCUUCACAUUCUUAGUGGCGGAAGAGAAUACGCCCAAUAGCCCGGAAAUAUUACUGGGUUUCAUCAGAUAUGGUGUGGUCCGAAGCCGAAUCGAAGACGCCGCGGAGGAGAAGAUUGAUGCCGCUCCCUUACAGCCGUCACUCUUCGCGCGAAAAGAGCACAUUGAGCCGAUCUGGGAGAAGUUCAGCGAGAGGGAAAAGGAAAUGGACGCCUGCUACGAAGAGGCAGUUGCUGGACAGCGUCACUUCUAUAUAUAUCAUGUCAUGGUUGAUCCUCGGCACCAACGUCAGGGUGUCGGCCGCAUGCUACUGCGACAAGUCACGGCACGGUCCGAUGCCGAGCGUGUACCGACCCUCAUUGUCGCAUCGGCCGAAGCGCGCCGCCUGUACUUGAGCUGCGGCUUCGACGUCCUCGGUCAAUGGACAAUCGACAACGGCUACUGGGCGGACGAGAUCGAGAGACACGAGCAGGGGCUCGGUAUUUGGGACUCUCGGGGACUCGGCGCGAAGUUCAGAGGCGUCAAGGAGGUUGAAGCCUACAUGAUCAGGAGCCCUCCCGCUGCGGGACCAUCAGAUGCUUAG